UGGCUUUUUGCUCAGAUACUCAUUCACCUCGUGGCUGUCUUGCAGUAAUUUCCUAGUUUUAACUUUCAUACCAAUAUGUCGGGAAAUCAGGAAAGAACCUAUCUGAUGAUCAAGCCUGAUGGUGUCCAACGAGGACUAGUCGGCGAAAUCAUCAAGAGAUUCGAACAGAAAGGCUUCAAAUUGGUUGCACUCAAGUUUGUCCAGCCUACCGAAGAACUGUUGCAAAAACAUUAUGCUGAUUUAUCUGGUCGUCCUUUCUUUCCUGGUUUGGUUAAAUACAUGGCAUCUGGACCAGUUGUUGCUAUGGUCUGGGAGGGGUUGAAUGCAGUCAAAACUGGUCGUCAAAUGUUGGGUGAAACUAACCCUGCCGACUCCAAACCUGGUACUAUCAGAGGAGAUUUCUGCAUCCAAGUUGGAAGGAACAUUAUGCAUGGAUCUGACUCUGUUGAAAGUGCCAACAAGGAGAUUGCACUUUGGUUCAAGGACGAAGAACUUGUGUCUUGGCAGCCAGCUGACAAAUGCUGGGUCUAUGAAGACUAACUUUAUUUACCACAAUUUUAUUUGAACCAUGGCUGUUGCUUUGCAGAGUGAUUGUGGUUUUCAAUUAUAAGAAGAAUAAAAAGUUGAACUGUAAAA